GGGAGAACGAAUAUAAUCUCACUCAAAAUGCAGGAGGUGAUUUAAGACAGAAAGAGAAAGCGCACGAUACUAGAGCACGUACGUAGUGAUAUCCUUGCGAGCAUUAAUCACUAAGAAAUUAGUUUGACAACUACCUAUGAGGAGUUAUGGUUAUAUGUCACCCAAACAAAUAUCGUCCGAACUGUCAUCAUUUUCUAAUGGAGAGAAGUAAUGCCAAUUCCAGAGUUUCUUCUCAACAAUUUUGCUUGAGAGAUGAUAGCAGUGGGUUUUGGUUUGGUUGGUACAGAAGUUACCGUGGUGGGAGAUGGGGGUAUCUUUUCCCCACUACAGAGAGCUAUUUUGGCCGCUUUCGAUUUAUCACAUCUCCCCAUUAAAAAAGUUCCCUUGUCCAGUUUUGCCUCCCUGUCACCUCAACUUCAAAGUGCCGAUCUCAGUAUCUCCCCUCCCUCCUUCUCUCCACCUUCCAUUAUCCGCUCCUAGUCUCUCUCAUCAUCAUCACAAACUGGAUUAGCAAUCUUUUCUUUUGUUUCUUUUUGCCAAUUCCCUGUACACCAAUAUAAGAAUCUUCCACCUCAGUACCAAUCCUCUGUGAAAUCACACUCUUCUUGCUUCUCCAUUUUGGGUCAAUCUGCUUUCUGAGCUCCCUGCAUUCAAGAAAAAGCAACAAGCUUAUAGAGGUCUCCUGCUCUACUGCAGAACUAAAAAGCUGUCUUGGUAUAAUUUUGGUGAAGCCAUGUAUGUGAGCUGCUUCAAAUGGAGAUCAGAUUAUGUGCUAUUGCAUCUAGUUAGUAUGGGCACCCUCAUCAUCAUGGCAAUAAUGGAGACUUAAUUAAAGAGUCUGUCUUUCCCUAGUGAGGAUUAUUUAUGUGUUGCUCACCCAGUUAUUCCACCAUGGACAGAAACCAAAAGCGCCUCUUCCUCCGAAUUCUUUCAAGUCUUUUACUCCUGUCCUUGUUUUUCAACCCAUCCACACCUCUGAGUGUGGAAACUGAGGCCCUUUUGGAAUUCAAAAAGCAUCUCAUUGACCCCUUGAGUAUCCUUGUUUCAUGGAAUGAUUGGGAAAGCCCCUGCCAUUUUCAUGGUAUUACAUGUGAUCCAAAAACUGGUUUAGUUACUGAAAUCUCACUUGAUAACCAGAGUCUCUCCGGAGUGAUAUCACCGUCGAUUUCUUCCCUCCAAAACCUCACAUCUCUUGUGCUUGCAUCAAAUGCCUUAUCUGGGAUUCUCCCAGCUGAACUUAUCAACUGUACAAAUCUCAGAGUCUUGAAUGUUACUGGAAAUAAUAUGAAUGGGACCAUCCCUGAUUUGUCAAAGCUGACUAAUUUGGAGGUUCUUGAUCUGUCCAUCAACUAUUUUUCUGGAGACUUUCCAGCUUGGGUUGCAAAUCUUACUGGUUUGGUCUCGUUAGGCCUCGGCGAUAACAAUUUUGAUGAAGGGGAAAUUCCAAAGAGCAUUGGGAAUUUGAAGAAGUUGAAUUGGCUUUACCUGGCCGGAUCAAAUCUGAGAGGAGAAAUCCCAGAGACCAUUUUCGGCUUGGAGGAAUUGCAGACACUGGAUAUCUGCAGGAAUCACAUCUCUGGGAAUUUCCCAAAUAUGAUAGGCAAUUUGCAAAAUCUCUACAAAAUCGAGCUCUACGCCAAUAAUCUGACGGGUGAGCUUCCAUCUGAGCUUGCCGCACUCAACCUAUUGCAGGAGUUUGAUGUUUCAGAUAACCAGAUGUACGGUACACUGCCUUCGGCUCUUGGAAACCUUAAAAACUUGACAGUUUUUCAGGUGGCCAGAAACAACUUCUCAGGAGAAAUCCCUCGAGGCUUUGGAGAUAUGCAGCGUCUUAUUAGUUUUUCCUUAUUCGAGAACAGUUUCUCAGGAAAUUUUCCGGAAAAUCUUGGCAGGUUUUCACCACUGGUUAGCUUAGACAUUUCUGAAAACCAAUUUUCUGGAGGACUCCCCAAGUACUUGUGUCAUAAUGGGAAAUUGCGUUAUUUGCUUGCAGUGGAAAAUCAUUUCACCGGGGAGUUUCCAGACGCUUAUGCCGCCUGUAUGCCUUUAGAGAGGUUGAGGGUCAGACAGAAUCAGCUAUCUGGAAAAAUCCCCGAAGGGGUGUGGGCCCUUCCAAAUGUAAAAAUGAUUGAUUUCAGUAAUAAUGGUUUCAGUGGAUUUAUUUCUCCUUGGAUUGGAUCUGCAAAAAAUCUGAAGCAGUUAAUUCUCUCAAACAACAAAUUCUCGGGUUGGCUCCCAAACGACCUAGGAAAUCUCAUGCUCUUGGAGAGGCUUUACUUGGACAACAAUGGCUUCUCUGGCCAUUUACCAGCCCAACUUGGUAUGUUAAAACAGAUCACAUCCUUGCAUUUAGAGAAGAACUCAUUCACAGGACCAAUACCUGUGGAGUUAGGUCACUGUCCUAGGCUGACAGAUAUGAAUCUUGCUUCUAAUCAUCUAAGUGGCGCCAUUCCAGACUCUCUAACUACGAUGCCCUCUUUGCUGAACUCCUUGAAUCUAUCCAACAACAAGCUGACGGGCCCAAUUCCCAGAAGCUUGGAUGAUCUGAAGCUUUCUUCGAUAGAUUUGUCCGACAACCAGCUAUACGGGAAAGUUUCUUAUGAACUUUUGAUGAUGGGAGGAGACAAGGCAUUCUUUGGCAACAAGGGACUUUGUCUUGAUCAAAGUAUAAAAUAUGACACAAACAAGGAACUAAUAAGUGUUUGUGGUGGGUAUGCUACUCGCCGCAACAAUUUCAUUAACAGCAAGUUUAGUGUUCUCUGCAUUGCAUUCUUAUGUGCAACUGCCCUUUUGGUCGGCUUAUUGGUCUUGAGCUAUUGGAAGAGCAAGCACACAAAGAAAAAUGCUGAAAAUGAAGAACACUCAGAGGAUGCCAAGGGAUUGGACCCAAAAUGGAGGCUUGAGAGCUUCUUCAAUCACAUAGAGUUUGAUGCUGAUGAAAUAUGUGAUCUAGAUGAGGAGAAUCUGAUCGGAAGCGGAGGCACGGGGAAAGUCUAUCGUCUUGAUUUGAAGAAAGGUUGUGGCACUGUGGCAGUGAAGCAACUGUGGAAGGGGGAUGCAGUGAAAGUUCUGGCUAGAGAAAUGGAAAUAUUGCGGACGAUCAGGCAUAGGAAUAUAGUGAAACUCUAUGCCUGCUUGACAAACGGAGGUUCAAAUUACUUGGUCUUUGAAUACAUGGCAAACGGAAAUCUUUUCCAAGCACUUCACCGCAGAAUCAAAUUUGGAAAGACAGAAUUGGAUUGGGAUCAGAGAUAUAAAAUUGCACUAGGGGCUGCUAAAGGAAUAUCUUAUCUACACCAUGACUGCUCUCCUCCUGUCAUUCACAGAGAUAUCAAGUCUACCAACAUUCUUCUUGAUGAGGCUUAUGAAGCCAAAGUUUCAGAUUUCGGAGUUGCGAGAACUUCAGAACUUUCCCAAAGAGGAUCUGACCUCAGCAGUUUUGCUGGGACUCAUGGUUACAUGGCUCCAGAGAUGGCUUACACACUAAGGGUGACAGAGAAAAGUGAUGUGUAUAGUUUUGGUGUGGUGCUUCUAGAACUGGUAACAGGAAGAAGCCCAAUAGACGAUGCUUAUGGAGAAGGAAAAGACAUAGUCUACUGGGUCUCGACCCAUCUUGACAACCGUGAAAAUAUUCUGAAAAUUCUUGACCCAAACAUAGUUUCAGAUGUAGUGCAGGAUGGCAUGGUUAAUGUCCUGAGGAUAUCAACACUCUGCACCACAAAGCUUCCAAACCUUCGGCCGACGAUGAAAAAUGUAGUCAGAAUGCUUGCUGAUGCUGAGCCCUCAGCACUUAAGUCCGCCUUGAAUCAUGAGAAAACUGGGAAUGUCAUUCAGUAGAUCUCUACAAUUCAUUUCUCAGUUCUGAAUAUAUAAUACAUAGACAGGACCACAUUAUGUCUCAAUCCCAGGUUGGGUCUGUUUAUUAGUACUGUGUAAUAUAGCUGUGUGCAUGUGUGCAAUUGUGGA